AUGCGCACCCUUGUUCGCUCUGCAUUUCUGCUCGAGCACAGCCACAGCAGCACCAGCAGAUUCGACCUCAGCUUUGAGGCCAGCUGCGUCAUGGGCACUUCUUGCGCAAAGCCGGAUGUCGUUAGCGAAGUCGAUGCUGGAGAUGCCCCGUACCGCAGCAAGUACCUGGACAACAUCAUGCUUCUCAGCGACUCCUACAAGACCUCUCACUGGCGCCAGUACCCUCCGAACACCACGGAGGUCUACUCGUAUUUUGAGAGUCGUGGCGGAAAGUUCGACGAAGUGGUUUUCUUCGGGCUUCAGUACUUCCUGAAGCGAUACCUCCAGGGCAAGGUUGUGACUCGCGAGCGGAUUGACGCUGCAGAGCGAAUUGUAAAUGGGCAUAUGGGUCUUGGCGAGAUGAAGCACUUCAAUCGCGAAGGUUGGGAGUACAUUCUUCGCGCACACGAUGGCCGGCUGCCGGUUGUCAUCAAGGCUGCACCAGAGGGUAUGGUGGUCCCUGUAAAGAACGUGCUGAUGACUGUUGUAAACACCGACCCGAAAUGCUUCUGGCUGACCAACUACCUGGAGACUUUACUGGUUCAGGUUUGGUAUCCCAUGACCGUUGCAACUCAGUCCCGUGCGCAGAAGAAGGUGAUCAUGGAUUCGCUCAUCAAGACUGGCACUGACCUGAAGAACAUGCCCAACAAGCUUCCUGUCCCGUUGAAGAUGAUUACUGUGGGCUACCAGCUCAACGACUUUGGUUGCCGAGGUGUUUCCUCCAUGGAGACAGCAUCCAUCGGAGGCGCUGCGCAUUUGGUCAACUUCUGCGGAAGCGACACCAUGCCAGGCCUCUGCACGGCCAUCGACUACUACAACUUGCCGCUGGAACAGUGCGUGGGCACCUCGGUUCCUGCUGCAGAACACUCCACCAUCACCAGCUGGACCAAGUCAGGUGAAAAGAAUGCCUUCGAGAACAUGCUCAAGCAGUACCCUGAAGGCAUCGUCGCGGUGGUUUCCGACUCAUAUGACAUCUUCAAUGCCUGUGAAAAGUUGUGGGGGACAGAACUGAAAGACCUGAUCGCGUCUCGGGCUCCACCGGGCCGUCUCGUUGUCCGACCUGACUCAGGCGAUCCCAAGACGAUCGUCGUGGAGGUUCUGGAGCGACUUGCGAAGCACUUCCCGGUCAAGACCAACGAUGCCGGCUUCAAGGUACUGCCAUCCUACAUCCGCGUCAUUCAGGGUGAUGGAAUCUCCUAUGAAUCUCUGCAAGAGAUCUUGUCCAACCUUGAGGCUAAGAAAUGGGCGGCGGAGAAUGUUUGCUUUGGCUCAGGCGGAGCUUUGCUGCAAAAGAUGGACCGCGACACGCAGAAGUGCGCAUUCAAGUGCUGCGAAGCUGUGGUUGAUGGAGUACCCAGGGCUGUCUUCAAGGAUCCCGUCACCGACCAAGGCAAGAAGUCCAAGCAGGGCAGGCUGAAGCUGGUCAAGCGUGAAGGAAAGCUGACCACUCUGACCGACGGCCAGGGCGAUGAGGCAGAGGAUCUUCUGGUCGAAGUCUUCCGCAAUGGUGAGAUCACGAAGACCUUCACAUUCCAGGAGGUUCGUGGGCAGUCGGAGGCUGGCAUGGUGACUCCGAUCUUCGACGACCUUGGCCCGAUGCCAACGAACGAGUGCAACGAGGGCUUACUGCAUGGCCUCCGUGAGCUGCUGACCAGCAGGGAGCUGUGCGACGUUGCCCUGGUUGCAGCAGGUGGGGAGGCUUUCCCAGCCCACCGCACUGUCCUGGCUGCAUGCAGCCCGGCACUGCGGGCACAUGUCUCCAAGCUCAACUCUGCAUCUCUUCAGGCAGACGGGCUGCCAGUGAUAGCCUUGGACGUGAAACACUGCGAGGCAGUCCAGGCUCUUGUAGACUCUGUCUAUGGAAUUGGCAUGGCAGAGUCUGACAGGCAGUACAAUCCCAGCUCAGAGGCUGCUAACAUGGACGUGCUGAAGCUGGCACGUGAGUUUGAUCUUCCAGCUUUGGAGUCAGCCUCCUUCAAGAUGUUGUCGUUUACAACGGCCCAUGGCUUCCUUUGGCUUGAGUUUGGCUGCAUCAUUGCUUUGGAUCAGUGCCUUGCGCAGCGGAGCAGUGGAUGGAGCCUUUUCUCGCAGAACCUGCUGCAGGCCACCGACAGGAGUUGGGGAGGUUGGUCGGCCUGGCUGGGCCUUCCUCCCGCGCCUCCAAUAAUUUGCGCGCGCUACUGGCGUGAUAGCUCGCAACUGGCCAAUGAGCUGGUGCUUGUCUGUGACCGGUCUUUGACCAACUGCACGGCCUUCGUGCGAUGGUGCACGCCGGGAGUCUUAUCACCAGCUUGCGAUGCCGCUGCAGACGUCAUUAUUCAGUCACUUGAGCUGCUGGCAGACAAGGCUCCCGCCUGCAGCAUGCCUCGCUGCUGUGGCUGGGCACUCCUCCGAUCAUGGGAUGCAGAGACGCGGCAGACGCGAAACGACACACUUCCCCUUCCUAACCGCGUUGCUUGGUGCACGGAGCGUGCAGCAGUCUUGCAGGCAUGGGAUCCCCAGCGCUUCCUUCAAGACGGGCCCGGUGACCUUGACGAGCGGCGUGCCGUCAGCAUGUUUCGACAUUGGCUGCAGCACUGCCGUGCCUUGCAGCAGGAGCGCUUGCUGGAGUUCCAGCCCCUGGUCAAGGAGCAUUUGCUGAACUCCAUGCACAGUGAUUGGCCAUAUGGGACUGGAGAUGGCAAGGUGGGACUACUGAUGGCCGUCGUUGGGCCUGUGGCUGAUGAAAUGGCGGGCUUCAUCAGGUGGUGGAAGUGCUAUGCCAACAUGCAUGGGUACAUCUUCUUCGAGGACCACGAGGAGCCCGUGGAUUUGGUGCCUCCCUCUUUUGCCAAGCUGCUGGCAGCGACUGCACUGCGUGGCGUGGACAGGCUAAGCCUCAACAUGCUGCAGCAGCAAGUCUCUCGAUAUGCUUGGCUGAAGUGGCUUUCAGCGAAGCGCUACCUCCUCCAAGUUGAUUGGCUCUUAGUAGUGGACCCUGACAUGUUUCCAACUCCCGGAUGUGGUAUGGAGGUGCCAGUAGUGGAAGCUUAUCAGAAUAUCUGCAGCGGCAGCGCUGCAUGCAGUGUAAUCUCCAACGAUAUGUGGCCACGAGAUUGGGCCGCCAUACAGCGAGAGAAGCGCAAGCAGGGUGGUGGCUAUCUACCCGGCGGCCAGGACAAAAAUGCCGGGUUCGUGAUGAUCCGCAAUGAUCAGUUGGGACAGCUGUACUUGGACCUCGUCCUGGAACGGAGGUCGUGGUUUGGCCUCGGUAUGCCUGACCAGGAUGCUGCUGGUGAAGCCUUGUUGGAGCUCAUGUCCCUCGAGAACUCUCUGACUGGCGGCCCGCUUUACGACAAUGCGUGCAUGGUGGAGAUGUUUUUAACACCUGCAAGCUCUUUGGUGCUGCCAGGAGGAGAUUCUGUGUCAAGUUACCGUCCUGCUGAUUAUGGCAUGUGCUGGCUUCGGCAUUCCGAAGCUCUGGCAGGACACGUUGGACAUCGGCAGUCAGCAGUUGUUGGACUGACGAGCCCGUUGAUGGCCAACUUGAAUGUGAAUCCCAUCUUUUCUCAGAUUUGGCAUGUCCCAGACGGAGGCUGGAGCAGUCAUCCUUCAGGCCCUGCCAAGGCGCCGAGAAGUGCUCAUGAUGCAACGAUGGUCUUCCUGCAUUUUGCGGGGGUUGGACAGGCAAAGCGAAGUCUGAUGGAAUGGUUCGCCCUCGCCUACUACGGGCUGCGUCCCAAUGCAAGCUGCAGCCAACUGCAGGCGGUUUCCACGCGCCCUCGGCGGAGGCACCAGCCGCGUUGUGCCGUGCAAUACUUCCCGCAGAGAAAGAGGCUGGAAAGCCACGUGUGUCGCUGCAGCAGCGAGUGGCGUCCCGUGCUGCGAGCACUGCGCGCUUCCCCGACGAAUGCUUCCGGUGCUGGCUGCAGCUGGAGCCAUGGCCACAGUUGUGCGGCUGGCCGCGCAUCCGCCCUCGGAGCUUGUGCCAGGCUCACGAUGACUCGCAAAAACUUCCAGGCAUCCGAGGAGCUCCUGAAAAGAGCCCUGAGAAUGUCACUCAGAGCCACUGAAUGUGGAAGUUCCUCUUGGCCGUCGUCGGCUGUGUGGGUGCAAAAUCUACAGGCUUUGAAGAACCGCGAGCUGAUGUGCUUCAUGCGAAACUGCCCUGAUGCGAUGUGGAGUUGGGAGGACGCAGGCUUGUUCUCGGUGGAUCCAGCACUGCAAGUGAUUCCUGGUGGCCCCAGAGAUGCUGCUCAAGCGGCGAGGCAAUGGUCAACAGCAGGCUUGCAGAAUGAGCUUGCCUUUUGGCAUUGGUGGCUGGACCAAAACAAGGCGCCUUUUUGA